AUUUGGGAUAUCGCUCGUACUCCGGAAACUUUACGAACACCUGUAUCAACGUUGGAAUGCCUGCAGGGCAAUUAUAUCCGAUCAUGCAAACUUACUGCAGACAGUACAAGCCUUAUCGUUGGUGGUGAAGCUAACAUAAUCACGAUAUGGGAUUUGCAGACGGGCACCAUUCGCACAGAAUUGGACAGCGAGUCGCAAGCUUGUUAUGCUUUAGCAUUAUCGCAUGAUCACAAGUUGCUGUUUGCCUGCUGUGCUGAUGGAAAUAUUGUUGUGUGGGAUAUCGAAUCCAAAACCAAGGUCACUUCGCUCCCGGGACAUCAAGAGGGAGCCUCUUGUAUUGAUCUCUUCGGACGGUUCUAA